AUGCAAAGCUACCUGCUAGCUUGGUUUUUUUUUUUAUUUUGUUUUUGUAUAGAUUUCAUUGAUCUUGCCCCAGUGUGCGGCGGCGCGGUUCGGGCUGGACGGGCGCCCUGCGUAUCGUGGGAAGCGGCCGUGCCAGCGAGGUCAACUCGUAACUCCACACAUGGUGUGGAGUCGAGGGCUGCUGUCCAUUAGGACCGCGAGGAAGACAACCUCUGUAAAAAAUCACCCAUGGGGGAAUUGGGUGGUCUCCCAGAGGAGUGUUCGCCUGAAGAAGGCGGACAACCGGCCCGGCUAGCUGUGGGUGUUAAUCGGUACCAUAGCGACGCCGAUUGUCGGGGAUGUAGGAGCAUCAUCCAAGAUUUAAAAAGUAUGGGGUUUCCAGAAGAGAAACAAAGUAGCGUCAUUAUAGCCAAAACUAACUUAACAAAUCUAGCUAAGACUGUUAAAAUAUCGGAUGAAACCGAUUCCACAACAGAAAACAUGCAAAAUGAAAUGACUGGUACCCCUAGUAUUUGGGAUGAUUUUGAUGUUAAAGUUAUGGACACGAUUAAAAAUCAGAAUCCUGUUUCGGGUGCUAUUAUAGAUGUGAUUAUAGAAGUGGAUAAAUAUUUAGACGAACCUCUUAUCAACAGAAAAUCUAAUAAUUGUCUGUUAUGGUAG